AUGAAUCUGAUCGUUGCCGUGGACGAUAGUGGUGGAAUUGGCAAGAACGGCGCGCUUCCGUGGCGCCUACCACGUGAGAUGGCACGUUUCGCGAAGCUAACGAGCACAACCAACGACCGGAGCAAGCGAAAUGCUGUGUUGAUGGGACGAAAAGUUUGGGAAGAAAUUCCGGCAAAAUUUCGGCCGUUGAAGGAUCGUUUGAAUGUGUUAUACAUAACGCGCGUGGAGGGUGAUUUCUCGGCCGAUGUUUUCUUCCCGUCCGUGGAUUACAGUCGUUUCACGAAGAACGAUGAGCCGGAGGAGGUGCAGGAAGAGCAUGGCAUCAAAUAUCGUUACGAAAUUUACACAAAUAAAUCUGGCUUAUAA